AUGAAGCUUGCCAAGUGUCUUAUUGAAAUGGAUACCUCAUGGGAGUCAACUGGUCCCGUCCGGUACAACAUCAGGCCUAAGAUACACAGAUAUGGGGCCAGUCCUACAGUCUUAGCCAUUGAGAAAGAAAUCAUGAACCAAGGAAAGGGAGAAAGAAACGAUGCAGAAAUUCCUUUGUUUCUAGCAGUUAAGGCAGGAUGUAGAGAGAGAGUUGAAGAAAUAUUCAAAACAUACCCUCAAGCAGUUGGUCAUAUUGAUGAUUCAGGACGAACUAUUAUACAUGUAGCAAUCAAGUAUCGCCAGCAAAAGAUUUUUGAGUUUGUAGUUAAGGAAAUGGAAGCAUUCAUGCCCUUUCUGCAAGUUAAGAAUGUGAUAAUCAGCAUACCCCAAUUCCUAGAUCACCAGAAUAAUAUGGGGUUGACCGCAGAAGCGCUAUUUGCUGCUACAAAUAAGGACCUUCGUAUUUCGUCCAAAGAAUGGUUAAAGCGCACGGCGGAAGGAUGCUCAAUAGUGGCAGUUCUCAUUGCUACCGUUGCCUUUGCUGCUGCAUAUACAAUACCAGGAGGUCCUAAUCAGAAUACUGGUUUUCCUGUCCUCAUGAAUCAUCCUUUUUUUACGGUUUUUACCAUAUCUGACAUUCUCUCUCUCACAUUCUCUUUGGCUUCUGUGGUUACUUUUCUCUCUAUCCUCACUUCACCGUUCAGAUUACAAGACUUUAAGCACUCUCUUCCUAAUAAAAUGACGCUAGGCUUCACCUUCCUGUUUCUUUCUGUGUCCAUGAUGAUGAUUGCAUUUGGAGCAACAGUGCUACUCAUGAUAAAAAAGAAGGAAAGUUGGGAACGAGUUAUGCUAUACUCUUUCUCCUUUAUUCCGGUGGGAGUAUUUGGAUUAUCAUAUUUCCCUCUCUAUAUAAGAAAAUCAACAUCAAGAGCUUUGGAAUACUUAACCAGGAAGACUAAGCAGUUAAUUCCUGAGUGUUUUCUAGUUCUACUUACGAAGCUCUAUGCUUUUUUCUGUACCUGUGCUUGUACAACUCCAUCAGCUAGUCAUUCCAUCCCUUGA